GCUGUCAUUCUCCGCGGGAUAAAGCGAGUGGUUGCUGCACAGUUAUACCUUCCCCCUUCUCUUUCGCACGGGCAUCGUCCUCCUUCGUUCAAUCUUCAAUUUGUUUCUUCAUCCCUUAACCCCCUCCCUUCCCUUCCCGAAUUAAGUUCCCCGACCCGAUCUUUAAGUAAACAACAAACUUUUAGUUUUGUUUUUUUCUCUCUCUCCAACGACGAUGGACAUGUACAAAGUUACCCUGGAAGGACCGGCUCCGUGGGGGUUUAGACUGCAGGGAGGAAAGGACUUCAACAUGCCUUUAACCAUGUCUAGGGUCACACCAGGUGGUAAGGCAGACCAAGCAAAUAUUGGGGUAGGAGAUACUGUUUUAUCCAUUGAUGGAGAAAAUACUGAAGGAAUGACUCAUCUGGAAGCACAGAACAAGAUCAAGGCCUGUGCAGGGAUCUUGAAACUUUCCCUGGGGAAAGCUCAUCGUUCCUCCGGCAGCUGUGAUGAGAAGGGUUUUAAAUUUGCUGCGUCUCCCGUUCCGAAGUAUUCGUUUGACUCCAGCAUGCCAUUGAAUAAGACAGCCAGACCUUUUGGUGCCAUAACAAUGGAAAGUUCAAAUUCAGGGACACCAAUAAAGUCAGUGAGCUACAAACCUGUUUCAUUGUACACUCCACCUUCUGCUUUGCCUAGUAGUGCACCUGCAAAUCAGACACAACUUAAAUAUGGCUCAGCCACAGAAAAACGCAGCUCAGUUGCAUCCACACUGCGGCAUCCCAAUGGCCCUGGAACAGGUGCUCCAGAGAAUACAUUUGAUCUAGCUUCUGCUCUUGAGCCCACCUCCAACAUCUUUGAAGACCCAGGGAAACCUGACCCAAGGGUUGCUCCAGUUCCUUCUGCUCCACGUUGUAGACCACCUUGGGUGGUCGAUGAUUCCUUUGCAGAGAAGUAUGCACCAAACAAAACGACCACCAUAAUGACUAAAUACACUCAGCCUGCUCAACCAACUCCUCAGCAGAAUCGUAACUCCAUUGUCCAGGCAGCUCAGCAGGCACCCGAGGGGACAAACAGGACCCCGGUGUGUGCACAUUGUAACAAGGUCAUCAAAGGUCGCUACCUUGUAGCUUUGGGCCGUUCUUGGCAUCCUGAAGAGUUUAACUGCAAUCAGUGUAAAAUGGCCUUGACUGAGGGAGGAUUCUUUGAGGAAAAGGGCUCCGUGUUUUGUGGAAAAUGCUAUGAAAAUAAGCACGCUCCCAAUUGCGCCAAAUGUAAACAGAAGAUCAUAGGCGAAAUUAUGCAUGCUUUGAAGCAGACAUGGCAUGUUAAGUGCUUUACCUGUGCUGCAUGUAAAACUCCAAUCCGCAAUAAAGCAUUUUACAUGGAAGAAGGUCAGCCUUAUUGUGAGAAAGAUUAUGAAAAAAUGUUUGGUACAAAAUGCCAUGGUUGUGACUUCAAGAUCGAUGCUGGUGACAGAUUUCUUGAGGCUCUAGGGUAUAGCUGGCAUGACACCUGUUUUGUGUGUGCGGUAUGCCACACAAACUUGGAAGGCAAGACAUUUUAUUCUAAGAAGGAGAAACCCUUGUGCAAGAGUCAUGCCUUUUCAGCUGUCUAAUAGUUCAACACUGAUGAUGGUGACCAGAGAGCACAAUAGAAGCCUGGCUCAGACAAGCACAAUCCUUAUUAGGAAGCUUGGAAGAAGUCACAAAGAACUGAAGUCACAAAGGAAUUUUGGCUCUCUGAUGCAAUAAAAAUAUAUGCAACUCUUCAGAGGCAAUUAAUCACGCGAAACUGUUACAUGAGUAUUUUCUCAAAGGGCCAAUUGUCUCGCUUAUCUUUCUGUUGUGCAUGUAAUCUAUAAAUUUUAAUUUACCUUUUAUUUCCAAAAGGAAAUGAGCUUAGUGGUAGCUAUCUUGGACAUCCAUUCAAUAUAACAAAUUUUCAGGCAUUUCAUCUUUAUCACUCUUUUGCACACAAUUACAUUGUUUAUUACUUGUUCCUUAAAAGUGUUCUUACCAUGCAGUAUCAUUUUUUAUGAGUUAUAUUGCUACUUGUAAAACAAAAUUGAUGUCAGUAUUUACUCAUGAACUGUAGAACUUUGAUUGUUGCAUCUGGAAAUUAGUUUGGAUGUUUGUUGAAGAUAGUAAUUAGGAAAAAAAGCAAUUUAGAGUGUUGUGUUAAGGAGUAAGCCAAACAGUUUAUAAUAAGUUACCAAUUUGCAAUCACUGGUUUUGUACGUAUAUUAAUUGCACUUGUAUUUCCCAUUACUCACAGAAGGGAGAUUACAGAAAAUGCUUAUAUUGGCUAAAGCUAUUUUUGGAAUGGAAGGAGAUGCUUUGAAUUCAUAUAGUAUCUCUUCAUUAUUUACACUUACUGCUUAUGUUUCUCUUCACCAUUCCAUUGGAUUAAUCACUGUAACAAUAAAUGAGGUGUAUUGGU